UAUCACAAGCCGCCAUAUUCGAUUCUGUAAUCGGAUUCAAAUCAUGAGGGAUAAAAACGUCCAAAUUUGAACUAAAGAAGGAAACUCACAGCGACCUUAGAAGGUAAAUUAUUUGCUUCACUAUCUUGGCUUGAAAGAUGUAAAAAAGAACAUGUGCGCUUAACUUUGAAAUGGCUUCCAAAGUCUUCAGGUACAAAGCAGUUUAGCAAAGAUUGAAAGCAUCUUUCGCGAGGAAAAUAGUYAUAUUGUCAAAGUAUUUUCUACAGCUCAACACUGCUAUAAUUUUUUGGCAUUGUAAAAGUUAAAGAAAGUCAAAAAGAAUUUCUAUAAACUGCUAUAAACUGAAGCUGAAUCUCGUGUGGGGGAACUAAUUCUCAAAGCGGCAGUYGAUGAGAAAAAUUUCUGCAAGCUAGAGUUUGAUAAGUGAAGUUCCUAGCAAAAAGUUGAAUCAUUUUUCGUAAAGCAAGAUUCUACAUAAACGAUGUUUAACUUCUCCAAAAAGCGAAUUGCUUUUUAUGUCUUUCUCCUCGUUGUUGGUGAAGUUCUUUUUCUACACUUCUUCGACGUCAAAAAAAUUUUCAAGAGAGGCUCGAAGAAGGUCAAGGCAUACAGACUGCUUUCUGCAAAAGAUCUUGAAGACAAAGGUCCAGACAAAUUCGAAGAAAUCUUUUCUCAAUUCAUCCAGAAUGAGACGAAAUUCAACGACUCGAAGACAGAUUAUCCUUUGGAGAUUCGUCCUGUUUUUGAGGAAAAAGAAAUGUUUGUUUUAUUUAUGGUGAAUUCUGUUCCYGAAAACUUCGAGAGACGACACCUUAUUCGCACAACUUGGGCAAAUACAUGGAAAGGYUCAAAGAAAAAUGGAAAAGCUUCAAAAUCUCUCUACAAAGGACGAGGCUAUCCCAAACUCUUCUGUAAUUGUAUUUUUGUGAUGGGUUUGAGUAAYAGAACAAAGUAUGACAGGAGAGUAGCCCAAGAAGCUGAAAUAUUGGGAGAUAUUUUUCGUGCURGGAUUGAAGACAUGUAUACAAAUGUAGUUGAGAAACUUUGGAAAGCAUAUGAAUGGGCUUUGGAAAUUAACACAAAAUAUAUUUUUAAAGUUGAAGACGGUGUUUACGUGAAUAUACCAAGGUUGGUAUUUUGGUUAAAUAAUGAAAAAAGGCUUCCAGAACAUGUUUAUGCUGGAUACGUUGUAUACCGUCAUCCUGUUGAAGAUGAUUACGAGCGAGAGCUUGAAGAAGGAGGUACCAAGGCGGACGCCGAAGAAAAGAUAGUUUUACCGAACUAUUGUCUUGGAGCGUUUUAUAUUUUCUCCACAAAUGUUCUCAAGAGUUUGGUGGAUUCAGCAAAGACUACUCCUAGAAUCCAGGCAGGGGAAGACGCCUAUAUGGGGUUGAUAACAAAGGAGAACUACGUCCUUCCUCUUAAUGUUGGAAACAGUCUGUUUGUGUUGGAUGGUUCACAUGGGGCUUUGGCUAUUGAGUACACGGAGGAGAAACUCAAGCAUAGUGUGUGUAUUGGGGAUCAAUUGACGAAUGAUUAUAUUAUACAGAUGCAUGAGAGGUAUGUUUAUAUYAGGAGACGAAUAGAUGGGAAAAUAUCAUGAAAAAGAUAKCUCACCACWGGAAGCCCAAAAMACUGUAYUASUCAACAGAAUAAUCGUUGGGCUUCMUGGGGCUUUACUAUAAUCUGAUAGAAGAGAGAAAGAAUGAAUGAGAACUAUGUGUAUAUUAGGAGACAAAUAGAUGGCAAAAUAUCAUAGAGUUGAUAGCUAGCCACAGGAAGCCCAACACAUUGUCACUGUGACAAAGACAUUGUUUGAAUUUCCUGUGUCACCUUCUAACAAAAAGUGAAAGAAUGAAUGAGAUUUAUGUGUUCAUUAUAAAAGAUGGGAAAAUAUAUAAAGAAAGCUCGCCAAAGGAAGCCCAACAUGCUUUCACUGUGAGAGGACGAGUAGUGGUUUGGGUUGCCUGUGGUUCUACGUUGAAGUAAUAGAAAGAAAAAAGAAAAAAUAUGUGUAAAUCAAGACAAAAAAGAUAGGACAAAAUAGAUGGGAAAUAUCUUAAUUUAGAGCUGGCCACAGGAAGCCCAAUGCAUUGUAUCUAUAAACAGGAACAACUGAUUGGGUUGCCUGUGGUUGGAUGCUGAAGUAAUAAAAGAAAACAUGAAAGAUACAGUGUAUGUGGACAUCAGGAAAAGAAUAGCUAAGAAAAUAUCAUAAUCAACCCAUUUUAUUAUGCUCUGUCUACUAAACUGAGAAAUCACAAGACAACUAUUGGGUUACCUGUGGUUCUAAUUUAAGUGAUAAAAAGAGAAGAGAGUCCAUGAAAAAUUAGGAAGCGAAUAAAUGGGAAAUAUCAUGAAGAUUCCUGGAUAGUGCUCCCCUGAUAGGUAUAUGUAUAAAAAGCUUAUUGACUGGCUACCGUGUUUAUAUCAGAUAGAGACAAGCUCACRCUAAAUGAUACAUAUAAAACAUAUAUAAAAGCAAUAAAACACGGCUGUUUAUAUCUCUGUAUUGUAAUAUAAUCACUCUGAAAUCUGCAGAGCAUUCAGAGAAACACCUAGCUAUGCCUUGUGUCCCUAAGCUUGCUUCUCUCGUGCUCUACAGCUCCCAGAGUGUUUAUAACAGUACAGAAAAUGCGUGCAUAGUUUUAUAUUCCUUUAAAGCAACAAUAUAAAAGGUAAUAUUUAUCACCAGUCAUGUUUUGAAAAUAAAUUUUAGUAAAAUA